UAUCCAUAUGAUGGCCAUGGCAUCUUUUUCUUGAUCAUCCCUUAACUGGCCCUCUCCUUCAACAAAGAGGUAUUUGUUCCUCCAAGCACCCCGGCGCAUGCACACCAACAUGGUGAAGUCACACACUCUUACCUUGAAACUUGUCAGAAUUCACUGCUCACCUCGACACAGCCCCUUUUGAUGUGUUUGGCUGGCUCCGCUAGGACACCCAGAAACCGCAGUCAUGAUCCGCCAUUUUCUUCUCCUCUCCUCUCCUCCUCACCCCGCAAAGCCCCCCCAAGUCCCCACAGACCUGACUCCAAGAUGUCCCGAACUUCCUCCGAGAUCCAGACCAUUCUUGACUCUCUGCGAGCGAUCCUGCAGAGACACACCAACUCGCAGGGGGUUGUCCACCGUCCCUACGGCGUCGACUGGGUGAAUUUCGAGCGCCACGUGUACCGCCUGCUUGUCCUUCACGGCUUCAUUCGUCCUGGCGAUCGCGUUCCGAAGGACCCCUGGGAAGUCUUUCUCACCGAGUUUGCACCACAGGGAGUUCGCCGAUCUCCUUACGAGGAGAGUAACAUGUCGACUGCCUACUUCCCGACCUCCAUCCUCGUGUCCUCCUCUCCCACGCAACGGAUGGGAAUCGGACACAGUUCAAACUUGGAACCGAUUCGCCAGUCUCAGAGCCCCAGCAUGAACCAUGUGCGAUUUCAGGAGGAUGUUCUCGAGCGCAACGGCGCCUCCCGUCGCCUGCCCAGCGGCAUUCCAAGAUCCUUUUCCUAAACUGUGGACAUGACAUUCCGCUGUGUGGCGAUGGUAUCGAUAUUAUGGAGGUGACCGUGUUCACAUACUGGGAUAUGGGGGAUAUGCAUGCAGGUUCUGGAGUUAUGUCAAGGAGUAUUUCGUGGCGGGUCUUGUUGAUAUGUUCUGGCUUUGGAGUUUGUGUCUGUUCAGAUGUGGGAUCUUGGUGUCAGUGAUUUUCUUUGUGCUGGGUGACUGUAUUUUCCUGGGAUCUUUAUCCAUACGGCUGUUGUUGUCUGUCUGGUUUUGACUGUUCCCCGGUUGGGUUUGAUAGUUUUAUGGCUUCGUAAAGGGGUGUCUGGGACUCUUGUUCUGUUUUGUUCUCUCAACCAGGCGUUAGGG